AAGGCAGACGCAUCCAAUGUUUUUCUGCAUUUUUCUACAGAUAAUAUGGCCAGCCGGCCUGGGCUUAUCGCUCUCGUGUGCAACAGCCAUGGACACCCCUGAACAACUGCGCUUGCGUAGUUCACCGCUGAGCGACCAGCCAUACUGUCCGGUGCCGGAAUUUCAAGUGAACACGCCUGUUCCAGUUUCUUCGUGGAUUACGACGGCAUCCUCGACCCAGACAUCAUGCAUCCAGCCGCCUUUAAAUCAAGGCCCGCCACCUGACUUCACCAGUGGGCAUGGAAGAGCGGCUACAAGGCAGACGCAUCCAAUGUUUUUCUGCAUUUUUCUACAGAUAAUAUGGCCAGCCGGCCUGGGCUUAUCGCUCUCGUGUGCAACAGCCAUGGACACCCCUGAACAACUGCGCUUGCGUAGUUCACCGCUGAGCGACCAGCCAUACUGUCCGGUGCCGGAAUUUCAAGUGAACACGCCUGUUCCAGUUUCUUCGUGGAUUACGACGGCAUCCUCGACCCAGACAUCAUGCAUCCAGCCGCCUUUAAAUCAAGGCCCGCCACCUGACUUCACCAGUGGGCAUGGAAGAGCGGCUACAAGGCAGACGCAUCCAAUGUUUUUCUGCAUUUUUCUACAGGUUAGCCCUUGUCAAUCUUUGCACUGUAAGCGUUCUAGUAACGUCAACUUGCUGCUCCUUCCAUGCCCCAGUGUUCUCAUGAGCUGCAUUUGUGAAUGUGUGCAUGUUAUGAAGCUAUUGUUGCUAGGCGGUGACGUGGAACUUAACCCUGGGCCUCCGAAAGAAGACCCUUGCCAUACUAACAAAGAACUGAUGGCGUUUCUCAAAAAUUUAAGCACUAAAAUGGACAAAAACCAUGCGGAAGUACUUUGCCAGAUUACUGAAGUAAAACAAAUGCAACUAAAUCUCGAGCAACAAGUGAACAGCAUAAAUGAAAGACUUACAACUGUCGAGCAAAAACUGGCUGUUACGCAAAAGUCGAGCGAACUUCAGACAGUAAACGCAGAAGCAGCCCGUUCAGAAGCAAGCAGUCUCGCCAAACGUCUAGACGAGUUUGAAGACCGUUCGAGGCGCGAUAAUUUGAUUUUUUACGGCUUCAAGGACAGUCAAUCUGAAUCUUGGUCCGAAUCCGAAAAAGAGUGCGCGAACUUUUGUCUUCCACGCUUGACUUGCAACUAUCUGAGGACGCGAUUCAACGGGCACACAGACUAGGGAAAUUUUUUCCUGAAAAAUGCCGCCCAGUUAUUGUGAAGUUCUCAAGCUUUAAGUUAAAGGAGUCUGUUUUGU